CACGUGUGCGCCCACCACGAGCGCUCGUUCUGCUCCGCUUAUAUUAUAUCUAUCCAUCCUCGAUCGAUCUAUGCUUUCACCGUCUCACACACACAGAGAGAGAGCAGCUGCACCGUACCGACGUAAGUGCGACGAUGGACGCGCCGGCCCCCGACAACAUCGCCGCUGAGAAGGGCGGGCAGCAACAGAUGCACCAGGACGAGAAGGAGCACAGGCCGAUGUUCAGGAGAGUCAAGGACAGGAUGAGGAAGAUGAAGAACACCAUCGCCGGCCACGGCCACGAUCACGAUCACGAUCACGAGCAGGACACCGGGGGCGGUGAUAGCAACAGCACCGGCGAGGACGAGGAGAAUGCGGCGACGAGGGAAGCCGAGGUGGAGAAGGGCGGAUACCAGCAGCAAGUCGUCGAGGACAAGCCCAUCUUCGCGGACUCCAGUCCCGAGCACAACGACGCUCCGGGGGUGCGGCUUGGUGACCUUGGCGCCACGGCAGCGACGCAGGAGGUGAAGCGCGACGACGCUCCUGGGGUGCGGCUUGGUGACCUUGGCGCCCCGGCAGCGGCGAAGGAGGUGAAGCACGACGACGCUCCAGGGGUGCGGCUUGGUGACCUUGGCGCCCCGGCAGCGGCGAAGGAGGUGAAGCGCGACAACGCUCCAGGGGUGCGGCUUGGUGACCUUGGCGCCCCGGCAGCGGCGAAGGAGGUGAAGCGCGACAACGCUCUGGGGGUGCGGCUUGGUGACCUUGGCGCCCCGGCAGCGGCGCAGGAGGUGAAGCGCGACGACGCUCCGGGGGUGCGGCUUGGUGACCUUGGCCCCCCGGCAGCGGCGCAGGAGGUGAAGCACGACGACGCUCCGAGGGUGCUGCUCGCCGAUUUGGGCGGCCCGGCAGCGGCGCAGGAGGUGAAGCGCGACGACGCUCCGGGGGUGCGGGUUGGUGACCUUGGCGCCCCGGCAGCGGCGCAAGAGAUGAAGCAUGACGACGCCGCGGGGGUGCGGCUCGGCGAUUUGGGCGGCCCGGCAGCAGCGCAGGAGGUGAAGCAUGACGACGCACCGGGGGUGCGGCUUGGUGACCUUGGUGCCCCGGCAGUGGCGCAGGAGGUGAAGCGCGACGACGCUCCGGGGGUGCAGCUUGGUGACCUUGGCCCCCCGGCAGCGGCGCAGGAGGUGAAGCACGACGACGCUCCGAGGGUGCAGCUCGCCGAUUUGGGCGGCCCGGCAGCGGCACAGGAGGUGAAGCGCGACGACGCUCCGGGGGUGCGGGUUGGUGACCUUGGCGCCCCGGCAGCGGCGCAAGAGAUGAAGCAUGACGACGCCGUGGGGGUGCGGCUCGGCGAUUUGGGCGGCCCGGCAGCAGCGCAGGAGGUGAAGCAUGACGACGGACCGGGGGUGCGGCUUGGUGACCUUGGUGCCCCGGCAGUGGCGCAGGAGGUGAAGCGCGACGACGCUCCGGGGGUGCGGCUUGGUGACCUUGGCGGCCCGGCAACGGCGCAGGAGGUGAAGCACGACGACGCUCCGAGGGUGCAGCUCGCCGAUUUGGGUGGCCCGGCAGCGGCGCAGGAGGUGAAGCGCGACGACGCUCCGAGGGUGCGGGUUGGUGACCUUGGCGCCCCGGCAGCGGCGCAAGAGAUGAAGCAUGACGACGCCGCGGGGGUGCGGCUCGGCGAUUUGGGCGGCCCGGCAGCAGCGCAGGAGGUGAAGCAUGACGACGCACCGGGGGUGCGGCUUGGUGACCUUGGUGCCCCGGCAGUGGCGCAGGAGGUGAAGCGCGACGACGCUCCGGGGGUGCGGCUUGGUGACCUUGGCCCCCCGGCAGCGGCGCAGGAGGUGAAGCGCGACGACCCUCCGGGGGUGCAGCUCGGCGAUUUGGGCGGCCCGGCAGCGGCGCAGGAGGUGAAGCGCGACGACGCUCCGGGGGUGCGGGUUGGUGACCUUGGCGCCCCGGCAGCGGCGCAGGAGAUGAAGCAUGACGAUGCCGCGGGGGUGCGGCUCGGCGAUUUGGGCGGCCCGGCAGCAACGCAGGAGGUGAAGCACGACUACGCUCCGGGGGUGCGGCUUGGUGACCUUGGCGCCCCGGCAGCGGCGCAGGAGGUGAAGCGCGACGACGCUCCGGGGGUGCUGCUUGGUGACCUUGGCGCCCCGGCAGCGGCGCAGGAGGUGAAGCGCGAUGACGCUCCGGGGGUGCGGCUUGGUGACCUUGGCGCCCCGGCAGCGGCGCAGGAGGUGAAGCGCGACGACGCUCCGAGGGUGCGGCUUGGCGAUUUGGACGGCCCGGCGUCGGCGCAGGAGGUGAAGCGCGACGACGCCGCGGGGAUGCGGCUUGGCGGUUUGGACGGCCCGGCGUCGGCGCAGGAGGUGAAGCGCGACGACGCCGCGGGGAUGCGGCUUGGCGGUUUGGACGGCCCGGCGUCGGCGCAGGAGGUGAAGCGCGACGACGCUCCGGGGGUGCGGCUCGGCGAUCUCGGCAGCCCUGUCGUCGAGGACCCGGCCGUGCUGAACUCGAGGACGCCCAUGCCGCGAGGUGGCGAAGACAUCGGCACGGCGGACGCCGUCCGUAACUUCGAGGCGAUGACUGUGUCAGACGACCCCAAGCAAGUCGGCGCACGGAAGAUGGACGUCGACGUGAGCAAAGAGUAUGAGGCAAUGCCGGUGUCGGACGGCACCGGGGAGGAAUGGAACGACGCACCCACGGACGCCGAGUACACCGGGAGCGACACGGACAGGCUCAAGAACACGGCAGCUGGCACGGUAUAUGAGAAGGUCGCCGGCGUCGGCACGGUCGUGGCGAGCAAGGCGCAGCAGGUCACCCCCGGCUUCGGCGCUGGCGGGAACGCGCAGGACGACUCCAGCGCAACUGCCGCCCCUGAAUCGGUGACCGCAGGUGCCGGGAAGAGGGACCUCGACUUGCCGCAAGAGGGAACGCGGGCGUCCUACACCGGCACGGCAACGGACGCGACGGCCACGGAGGGGCUGAAGAACGCAGCCACGGACGCGACGGGCACGGAGGGCGCGCCUGGCGCGACGUACACCGACAUGAUCAAGUCUGCGGCGGCGGGCACCACGGAGUACGGCAAGAAGCUGGCGAGCACGGUGUACGACAUGAUCAAGUCUGCGGUGGCGGGCGCCACGGAGUACGGCAAGAAGCUAGCGAGCACGGUGUACGAGAAGGUGGCCGGCGUCGGCACGGCCGUGGCGAGCAAGGCCCAGCAGGUGACGACAUCGGCCGGCACCGCGGUGCUUCACGGCGCGGCUCCAAGGACCAACACGAAUGUGAUGUGAAGUGCAGAGCCGGGAGAGGACCGCUCUUGUUCUUGUCGCUGCAGUUAGUACACACACCACUAAUGUUUGGGUUCAUCUGGGGCUUAAGCUGCUUCAUUGUUCGUAUAUUUUGGGCUAGUGUUCCACAAGUGAAGUGUUCGUGUGAGUUUCACACGUUUUGUAUGUCUGUAAAUCAUGUACGGUACGCGUGUGUAUGUACUCCACAUGUUUCUGUCA